GAACAGUAAACUGUUCCACAGGCAUCAGUGAUGCUUCAGUAACUUUUUCAGUGGCCCCACGUACAUUUUUCUCUUGCUGAAUCAGGAACAACUAUGGAUCAAGCCUUGUAACUACAUUUUCUAGUGAAAAUAUAUAAUGUGGAGCACCAAAAGCCUUCAGCAGACUGGGCCCACCCAGUCUUCAGUCUCAGCCACUGGAGCAGCAAAUGGAAACUCAACUGUUGCUUUGCGUACAACGAGAAAGAAGAUUCGAGGAAACUCAACAAUGAGCAGACGAAGGAUUUCCUGCAAGGACCUCGGCCAGGCAGACUUCCAGGGAUGGCUGUAUAAAAGAACCAGCAAGGGAUUAAUUAGCAGCAAAUGGAAAAAGUAUUGGUUUGUCCUGAAAGGGACCUGCCUUUAUUGGUAUACAAAUCAAUUAGCAGAGAAAGCUGAAGGUUUCCUUAGUUUACCAAAGUUCAAGAUUGAUCAAGGAACAGAGUGCAAAAAGAAACAUGCAAUAAAGGCAAGCCAUCCACAAUCCAAGAAGUUCUAUUUUGCUGCGGAGAAUGCUGUUGAAAUGAACAAGUGGAUCAAUAAAAUGGGUUUAGCUGCUAUUGAAUAUGUUCUUCCAGCUUCGGAUCCAAAAACUGGAGAAUGCUGGAGUGAGAGUGAACAAGAAGAUGUGGACAUUCCACCAGAGGACUCAUCGUUAUCAAAUACAUCCCAACUAGAAGAAAAGCAGGCACUUUCUAUUCCAUUACUAACUGUGUCUGGUGAAACAUCAAGUUCUUACUCUUCACCAGAAAGCUCCAGGAGAUCAAUUGCAUCUGAAGCUUCAUCAUCACAAUAUUCUGAUCAGGGGCUUGCCUCUAUUAAUUCCCUCAGUUCUGAUUUUGGGGUUCAGUACUUUACAUCUGCUUUGCAGACCUGUGUGGGAUCUUCACAGCAAGAAAUAUGUGAAUCUGCACAAUCUGACCAAAAAAGGAUUACCACUGGAUCACAUGAGAGCUUGACUGCAGAAACCCCACAGUUCACUCCUAGUGGAGAAAAUACCAUAACAGCAGAACACUUGACAGCUCUAACCACAUCUGUGAUAGAACAACCACAAAAUUCUGAUGAAAUGGAACAGUUAUACAAAUCCUUAGAGCAAGCCAGUCUUUCACCUAUUGGAAAACGUCGGCUUUCGUCAAGAAAGGACUACAGGAGAUCCUUUAUAAAACGUAGCAAUAAUCCUAUUGUCAAUGAAAGAUUGCAUAAAUUCAGAACUUUGAACAGUACUUUGAAGGCCAAAGAAGCAGACUUGGCCGUCAUAAACCAACUCUUGGAAAGUUCGCACUUAACCUCAGAGAAGUUCAGACAGUGGAAGGAAGAUUACUCGUUGUUGAUGCAGGAUAUCUGUAAAACAUACCAAGCUAAAGCCUAUCCUGAUAAUAAAAAUAUUGCUUUGGAGGAUCAGCCAACAUCCUAUAUAGAAACAGACAUUUAAGAGUUGAGAAUGACUUCACCAAAACAUGGUACUUAAUUGCCUUAGUCAAGCUUUACAGCUUCAUGAAGCACUAAGAGGCAUUGGACUUCCAAUCUACUGAUACUUCGAGCACAUUGAAGGCCAUCAAAAGAUUAAUAGUAACUGGUGUGUUUAGAAAUAGACAUGUAAAGUCCUUUUUGUCUACAGUAAAGGACUUACAAAUGAUUAUUUAACUUAUGCACUAUUUCACGGAUAGUUGUGAGUUACUGUUUUAUUUGUAAGUAUAAAAGAUUCAGGUGUGUGUGGCUGAGGACAUUCUCCAGGUGAAAAUACAAUUGUGCAUUCACAUAAUCUAUUUUUGUGAGAUGUUAUUUAUUCUGCAUUCAGUGUUGGGCUUCGAAUGGUCACAGCUAUUGAAACUCAUUUUCACACAGCACAAUAUUUGAUAUGUGUGAAAUUUCAUUGAAGGAAAUGAGAAAAUACUGAUAAUUUCUCAACUGUAGACCAAUUCAUGCAUUCAACUCAUUAGUUCCCGAUGAAA